CCUGUGCCAACCCAGCGCAGGCCAGGCCCCAGCAUGUUGUUGUUUUUCCAGCUUACAAAACUCUCCCGUUACACAAGGCUGCAUUCCUGGGAUUGCGCCAGGGGAUCCUGGGGGAGGAGGAGGAGGGCAGUUUCAUAACCGACCCCCUCCCCGGGGCGGGACCACAAAAUGCCUUAAAUUCGGGGUGGAUGUGAUGGGAGCAUCUUCGAGAGGAGAGAGAGGAGCCCGCCUGAAUCUUCGUCGCCUGGAGGGAAGGUGGGUCGGGGUUUGGGGGCAGGGAAGGCCGGGGGGUGCUCUGCUCAGGGAGGAAGGGGUUCUGGGUCUGCGGCUCCGUCGCUGGGUCUCCUAACCCAUUGGGGGGUCUCUCCCUCUCUAGCCCCCAUCCCAGCAAUGCUGCACACCAAAGCUGCCCCUCUGCUGCUGCUGCCCCUCCUGGCGGCGUUUGGCGCCUGUGAAGAGAGGUAAGCUAGAUGGGGGGGGGAUUGGCGUAUUGCCCCCCAGAAUCCUUGAAAGGGACUCCCCUGGGUCAUCUAGUCCAGCCCCCUGCAAGGCAGGAAGCGCAGCUAAUCAUAGCCCCCCUCCCCGCUUCGUGAGACCAGCUUUCUGAAGCAUGGGGAGGCAAACUAAGGCCCAGGGGCCGGAUCCGGCCCAAUCGCCUUCUCAAUCCAGCCCGCGAAUCAGCUUGUUUUGACAUGAGUAGAAGGUCCUUUUAUUUAAAAUGCAUCUCUGGGUUAUUUGUGGGGCAGAGGAAUUCGUUCAUUUUUUCCCUUCUAAAUAUAGUCCGGCCCCCCGACAAGGUGUGAGGGACAGUGAACUGGUCCCCGCUGAAAAAGUUUGCUGGCCCCUGAUCUAAAGAGUCAUUUGCCCCCCUCUGGCCAGGUCGUCUCCCUGGGGAACUUAUGCCGGGGACCUGGAUUCCAGUCCCGACUCCUCGGGUCAGAGAAUGGCAGGGUUGGGAGGGGUCCCAGGGGUCAUCUAGCCCACCCCCGUUCAGGGCAGGGAUCUCAGCUCCAGCAUCCCUGGCAGAUGGCCAGCCAGCCUCUGCUCCCAAGAAGGAGAGCCCUCCCCUGUUCUGGAGAAAGCAAGUCUUGUCACCUGGCGGAAAGGUGGGAUACAAAUGAGGGGGGGCGUCCUCCCUCCCCCCAUUCAUCACCCCCCCCCCUUUUCCAGGGAAGUGUCUCCCUGCAAGAAGGGCCGCGAGUGCUUCUCCUACACGCUCGUCUGCAACGGCUCCGGCUACGAGGUGAGCGGCCCCCACCGCCCCCGCCCCCUUGCUCAGUCGGGGGGACGGACCCCCGGCCGCAUCUUGACCCCCAUCUCCCCCUGCCCCCUGGCCAGGCUCGGCUCUACCCGCCCUCCGUCUGGGUGGGCACCCGCGUCAGCGACGGCUCGGCUUACCUCCCGGCCCUGAUCCACGGCUUCUGGCGGCUCUUCCGCUACAUCCAAGGGAAGAACGCGGCGGGUAAGGGAGCCUCGGGGCGUGUGCAGAGGGCUGGGCUGCGGGACUGCCUGCUGUGCUCCCCGAUAGACUGCCUCUGGGACGGGAGGCUCCAGGAGGCAACAACUGGGGAAGACUCUUGGGGCGCCUGGAAGUUCAACCUCUUCCCUGCGCCGGAGGCUGAGCUCUGUCCGUGGGGCUUGGGGGUCGCGGAGGAGCCAAAGGGAUGGCCGCGGGGGGGGGUACCUUGGCUCUCCCCUCCCCCAAUAUAGUGCCUCCAUCCAGGCUCCUGGAUCCCAAGGAGAGGCUGGGAUGGACAAGAGGUGAAGAAAUGGCUCCUUCAAGACACCUCCCACCCCCCCAAAUCCAUCCAGCUCAUAAAGCAGGAGCCGCUGGAGUGGGGGGGGGAUGGGGGGCUUCCGAGCAAGGAGAGCCCCCCCCGGGCUGCUUGCCCCCCCCCCCCAGGCCAAGUAGACUUUCCUGCUUUUGCAGCCUCUUUUCCCCGAUGACAGAUGAGGGAGUGUCCCAUGCAAUGAAUGAAACGCCUGCGCAAUGGGGGGGGGGGUUCAAGGGGGCAGAUGUGGAAGCCCCCCCCCAAGCAGCCCAGGCAGGAAAGGGGACGCCGCCUCCCGCCCUGGUGGGGGACCCGGGAUUGUGGUGGAGGGAGGGGGUGCGCGCUUGUUCAGGGCAACCCGCCCUCUGUGACUCUCCCCCCUUCCCCCCUCCAAAAAGGGGUCCACAUCCCCAUGACCGGCCCGGUGCUGACCCGAGUCCGGGACGACCCGGAGAGCCGCCAGUUUGAAAUCUACUUCAUGCUGCCGGAGGCCUUUCGGGGGGACCCGCCCGCCCCCACCGAGGAGACGGUAAGAGGGGGGCCCAGGGGUCGCCCCGCUCCCCUUGUUCUGCCCAGGGGAGACCCCCCCCCCGCCGUGGCGGCUGCUCGCCAGACUGAGCUGCGCUUUUCCUCCUCCCUCCUCGGCGCCAGGUCUUCAUUGAGCGCUUCCCGGAGCUGCGCGUCUUUGCGCGCGUCUUUGGCGGCUGGAUUACGGACACCAACCGCUUGGCACAACUGCGCUACCUGGACGGGCAGCUGAGCGCCCACGGGCACCUCCUGCAGGCCGGCCAGCACUACACCGCUGGCUACAACAGGUGAGAGGGGAGGGAGGGGCUGCGGGGGCUGGCCUGCGGAACUCGCAGCCUCAAGAUAGCGGGCGCCUGCCGGGAGGAGAGAGGGGUCUCAGUCCAGCAUCAGGUCCAGUAAUAACAACAACAACGACAACAACAAGUUAUUAUUUAUACCCCGCCCAUCUGGCUGAGCUUCCCCAGCCACUCUGGGCGGCUCCCAACCCAGUGUUAAACACAAUACAGAAUUAAAUAUUAAAAACUUCCCUAAACAGGGCUGCCUUCAGAUGUCCUUUAAAGAGAAGAUACUUGCCUAUUUGCUUCACAUCUGCUGGGAGGGCGUUCCACAGGGCGGGCGCCACUACCGAGAAGGCCCUCUGUCUGGUUCCCUGUAACCUCACUUCUUGCAAUGAGGGAACCACCAGAAGGCCCUAGGAGCUGGACCUCAGUGUCCGGGCUGAAUGACAGGGGUGGAGACACUCCUUCAGGUCUACUGGGCCGAGGCCGUUUAGGGCUUUCAAGGUCAGCACCAACAUUUUGAAUUGUGCUCGGAAACGUAUUGGGAGCCAAUGUAGGUCUUUCAAGACCGGUGUUAUGUGGUCUCGGCGGCCGCCCCCAGUCACCAGUCUAGCUGCCGCAUUCUGGAUUAAUUCCAGUUUCCGGGUCACCUUCAAAGGCAGCCCCACGUAGAGUGCAUUGCAGUAGUCCAAGCGGGAGAUAACUAGAGCAUGCACCACUCUGGAGAGACAGUCUGCGGGCAGGUAGGGUCUCAUCCUGCGUACCAGAUGGAGCUGCCCUGGACACAGAAUGGACCUGCGCCUCCAUGGACAGCUGUGAGUCCAAAAUGACUCCCAGGCUGCGCACCUGGUCCUUCAGGGGCACAGUUACCCCAUUCAGGACCAGGGAGUCCCCCACACCCACCCGCCCCCUGUCCCCCCAAAACAGUACUUCUGUCUUGUCAGGAUUCAACCUCAAUCUGUUAGCCGCCAUCCAUCCUCCAACCGCCUCCAGGCACUCACACAGGACCUUCACCACAGGGGGGCUGCCUCUGAAUGGCCGCUGGCUGCGGGUAGGGGAGAGCAAACAGGACCGAAGGGCUAGGAUGACCUAGUGGUUAGAGCGGUCUCCCAGGAGACCAGGGGUCAAACCCUCCGGGGGCCAUUGGGCUCGGUGGGUGGUACUGCUGACGCCCAGCACUGCCUCCCUGAGGAGGACCCCCUGACUUCCUACUGGGAUGAGGGGGGGCUGGGUCUCCUCAUUGCACGAGGGAAGGGGUCUGGACCCCCGUCUUCCUGGAGCUCACCUACCCCUCUUUCUGCCUCCCUCCCCCACAGCCCCAUGGAGAUUUUCAACAGGCGCAACGAAGUCUGGCGAGUGGCGGAGGGAGAGCUCAGCUGCAGCCCCACGCUCCAGGAAUAAUUAUUUGCGACCCCCAUCGAGGACGCCCGCUCAACCUCGUCUUCUUCCUGCUCCCCAAAGAAUGGGGGAGCAGGAAGGGGCCACCCAGAGGCCAUGUAGUCCACCCUCUCCUUGCCAGCAGAGCCUGAGGUAUCUCUUCAUGCUCCACGUGAACUGGCUGCCACCCCCACCCCCGUCCCGACCGUUGAGGAGAUGUUCACCCCCCCCCGAAGAUGCUGGCGGAGGCUGAGAGAGGGGGGUCCUUUUGCACCUCUCUGCAAAAAUAAGACAUAUCACGCAGGAAUCACCCAUGAAGGAAAUACAUUGCAUUAGCAAAGG